AGUUUCAAUCAACCCUUUUUGCUACGAUGAUGUUACGGUGUAAAUCAUUAGUCUUAAAUAUGAACCGUGGCAGAAGCACCGGUGCUCAUCUCGGUAUGGCUCUUGGCAUUUGCUCUUUGUUGGUAGUGGCGAUAGCAGCCUUCACGGUGGAGGCAGCUGGUGCUGGUCACGAAGAGAGCGAAGCGAUAGAUGCUGCCGGCAGUGUGGCACACCGUGACGUUCAGGCCGAUUGGCCAAACUAUCAGUAUCCGGAGCAGCAGGUGCACCAGCAACGUCGCAAUGGCCAUCGUGCCGGUCAUCACACUGGUCGUCGGCGCCAUCAUCAGUAUCGGGUGACGAAAAAUCGGCGUGUCCGGGCACCCCAGGAAGGACGCGGACGGGUAAAGAAAAGUGGGACGGGCAGUAUGACGGGCAAUCUGCUGGCACAGGAUACCGUCGGACAGCUACCACUGGCCGAUCUUAGACAAACGCGAGAACGCAAACCUAACAUCAUCCUGAUCCUUACCGACGAUCAGGACGUUGAGCUGGGCUCAUUGAACUUCAUGCCCCGUACGUUGCGUUUGCUGCGUGAUGGAGGUGCCGAGUUCCGGCACGCUUACACCACUACCCCCAUGUGCUGUCCGGCCCGUUCGUCCAUCCUGACCGGGAUGUACGUGCACAAUCACAUGGUGUUUACGAACAAUGACAACUGUUCCAGCACCACCUGGCAGACUACGCACGAGACGCGUUCGUUUGCAACCUACCUGUCGAACGCCGGCUACCGGACCGGAUACUUUGGGAAGUAUUUGAACAAAUACAACGGAUCGUACAUACCGCCCGGGUGGCGUGAAUGGGGCGGAUUGAUCAUGAACUCAAAGUACUACAACUACAGCAUCAACAUGAACGGGCAGAAGAUUAAGCACGGGUUUGAUUAUGCGAAGGAUUACUAUCCCGAUUUGAUAGCGAACGAUUCGAUCGCCUUUCUGCGACAGUCGAAGCACCAGAACCAUCGGAAACCGGUGCUGCUGGCGAUGAGCUUCCCGGCACCGCACGGCCCAGAAGAUUCCGCACCGCAGUAUAGUCAUCUGUUUUUCAACGUUACAACGCAUCACACGCCAGCAUACGAUCACGCACCCAACCCGGACAAGCAGUGGAUCCUAAGGGUAACGCAACAAAUGGAACCCAUCCAUCGGAAGUUCACCGAUCUACUGAUGACCAAACGGCUGCAAACGCUUCAAAGUGUCGACGUUGCGGUUGAGCGUGUCUAUCAAGAGCUGAAAGCACUCGGCGAGCUGGACAAUACCUACAUCAUCUACACAUCCGACCACGGCUACCAUCUUGGCCAGUUUGGUCUGAUCAAGGGCAAAAGCUUUCCGUUCGAGUUUGAUGUGCGUGUGCCGUUUCUUAUGCGUGGCCCGGGAAUCGAGCCGGCGACAGUUGUCGACGAGAUCGUGCUGAACGUCGAUCUUGCUCCAACGUUUCUGGAUAUUGGAGGUGUUGCACCGCCACCUCACAUGGACGGACGCAGUAUCCUACCGCUCGUGCUGAAUCGGCACCGUACGGUGCUGGACAAGUGGCCCGAUACGUUUUUGAUCGAGAGUUCUGGUCGGCGUGAAACUCCGGAACAGAUUCAGGAACAGAAGCAACGUGCUGCAGCCGCACGGUACAGUGCGCGCUUUAAUCUGGUGAAUGGUAACGGAUCGCAUCCGAAGCUGGUCCCGGAGGUGCUUGUUGAGAGUCGGCAAGAUGGGACGAGUAGUAGCUCUAGUGCAACGACUGGUGGACACGAGCGUAAAGAGCUGGACUUUAGCUCGCAUGAGCAUGACGAUGAUGAGGACGAACAUGAUGUGGACGCAGACGAUGAAGACGAUCAUCUUGGAGUGGUUGAAAGUGAAACCGAAGCCAUUGAAUUGAAGCACAACGAACAUCCGGAGGAUUAUGUGAUCGAUCAUCAGGAGGCUCAUACAUUUGAUCAAGCAACACCCCAGCAUGACAAUCAUCAUUUGGAUAAUCAUUUAACGCCGUACCGCACGAAGAUGGACCGGCUCAAUACGGAAUGCUCCAACCCGGCUCUGCAGCAAAAUUGUGUCCCCGGACAAAAAUGGCAAUGCACGAGUGAGGAUGGCCGUUGGCGGAAACACAAAUGCAAAUUCCACGGCCAGCUGCAACAACAUUUGGCCGAGAUACAUAAGAAAACCAACAGUCAUGCGAACGGGCGUAACUGUGCCUGCUUCACGCAGGAUAACUUUUUCUACACCAAAAUCAAAACCAAACGUGAUCACACGAAAUGGCAACCGAUGGGAACGGUUCAGCCGAUGGCAACGCAUCAGCAUAGACGCAGACGUACACGCCAGAAGCGUUCGGUGGAUCCCGAAGAAGGCGAUGAAGUGUUGUUGAUGGAGGCGGAAGGACCAGUGAUGGAAUCGUUAAUCCAGAUUGCUGCCCGUAUCGAUACCUUAGAGCGUUCGCUGUAUGAAAGUGAACUUGAGGAUCCGGAGGCCCAGCGGCAGCCUAGUGGGAGAAGCAAACGCGACACAUCCUCACCCUCAUCACCACCCCAUUUGGCCGAAGUAGUGCAUGAGUUGCAGCAAAUGCUAGCCGAAAUUGGACAUGAAUACGAACAGAUGUCAAAGUUCGAGCAAAGAUCGGGCGAAGAUCACCACAAUGAUACGACGAGUGAAGACGUGGAACCGUACGGUGGAGUUGCGAAACGAUGCUCAGUAAUUGCAGCCGAUAAAAUCAACUGUUCCGUCCUCGUUAAUGAGGAUGAGCUCAGUUGGAGACGGAGCCGUAUGAAGGUUGAUCGGCUGAUACGCAUUCUGAAGGAUAAGAUUAACGUACUGAAGGAUGUGAAACGAUCGCUACGCGAGCACAGACCACCUGGUUACCGGGGCGAAGAUUCGGAGGACACUGAUGAGGCGGAUGACGAUGAGCCAGUUGAUAGCAGCGUUGUGGUGGAUGACUAUUCAACAAGUAGUACCACCGCUACUUCCACCACGGCAGCUGUCACGGAGUCUUCGGAGGCAACCGUUACGCCGGUUAGUAGUAAUGCUUUACCGAGAAGAGUACCGAGCGGUGGCAUAGUACGUCGCCCUGCUGGAAAGUAUCACAACGGAUACGGACACCGUCGGAAGGUAUCGAAACCUACUCCGGUACCGGAACAAGAUGCUGAGGGCACGUUAAUCGAUAUGAGUCUUUUCCCGACCGAUGGGCAACCGUCUCCGUCUAGCAUUCCGACAUUUAAUCGUACUGCCAGUGGUAGACAUCGGGGUGCGGGAGGCCAACAUCGUGGUCACCGGGGUCGUCAUCGAGGAGAGGCUGGUGGACUGUACGGUGGUGGACCAUCCUCAGUGCCCACAUCUGUUGUGAAUUCUGCCGAAUCAAGCACACCGAGCAGUGAUAAACGAACUGAACCUUCGAAAGAAGCUAACGAAGUGUCGGGCAUCGUUCGAGAAGACAGUUGGCCAACGACGGAAUCAAGUCGUGAAAUGACGGGAUCAAGUACAAUCGAAAGUAUUCAUAAUCGACCGUCCACUAGUGAUGAACAGAUCUCGCCAAAUUCGAUCGACGCUACGGUAUUGCUUGCAAGCUCAACGACCGAACAGGCACCGGUUAGCUUUGGUGCAAAUACGGUUGAUUUCCGCAGUACCAUCGACCGGCAAAAGAUGCAUGGAAAAGGUCACAACGGUGUGAUAAAUAAUACUCAGGACACUGAGCACAGUGGUAACUCGGUGCAGGAAAAUGCGAUACCAUCGCCAACGGUAGCUGCUACACUUCCACCAACGGAGUGCUAUUGUGCGGCAGAAUCGGAAAGCCCUAUUCCCGAUGAGAAAGAACUUGCCCGCGAAGCUCGCCGACGGCUGAAGGAGGAACGCCAGCGUAAAAAGGAGCGCAAACGUAUAAAGAAAGCCAAGAUGGAGAAGGAAUGUCUGUCCGAACGGAUGAACUGUUUCAGCCAUGACAGCAAUCACUGGCGCACGGAACCGAUGUGGGACGAUAAACCUUUCUGUUUCUGUAUGAAUGCCAACAACAAUACGUACAGCUGUUUGCGUACGAUCAACCAGACGCACAAUUUCCUGUACUGCGAGUUUACCACCGGGCUCGUGACGUACUACAAUUUAAGGAUAGAUCCUUUUGAAACGCAAAACCGGGAAUCAUCACUCACGGUAGAAGAGAAAGCAGUGCUUCAUGAAACCCUGGAGGAGAUGAAGCGUUGCCGAGGUAAAAGUUGUACAUUACCGAGACAUCAGCCCAAUGUCCUGCCUGAAAGCAAUAUGUUACCUUCGGGUGUUGGUGUGGCUGGAGGCGUUGGAAUGGGAGGCGUUGGAAUGGGAGGCCGUCAAAUGGGUGGAAUACCGUAUGGAGCUGGCGGUGGCAGUGGUAACAGACGCAAGUACCACACCCAUCGGGACCAUGCUCCACAUGGAGUUCCAGGUGUCCCGAUUGGUGGUGGAGUUGGUUCAGCUGGCCACUAUCCCGCCGAGUACGAGGGUGGUGUAAAUCUAGCUGGAGCUUCAGCGCAAGGUGUAAACACAAAGAAAAAGAACAAAAAUUGGAAGAGAAAGCAUCACCAGCAACAGCAACAACACAACCGGAGACAGUUUGCAGACCCAAUCGGAUCACCAGCGAGUAGUGACUUCCUGCCGGAAAUGCUUUUACCGAACGGCGGUGGCAGCAGUGCAACCAAACGUAACCGUACCAGCCGUAAACCUGUCUGGCGAACGAUCUACACGGAGUAA